AUGUCGAUAUAUUUGACGUUGUUGCUUGACAAAUUGCCAUUAUCGGAUCAUAAAAUUUAUUUUGCGAGAACAUUUCAUGCGCGUUUUUUCCCAACACGCCAUGCGUUUGAAUAUCCUGUAUUAUAUGUUGGUGUUGAUCUGGAUAAACUUUCUUCGGAGAACGUGUCUUUAUGGAGCAAAGAUAUCGCGCUUUUUAAUAGGAUAUUCGCAUAUAAUAAAGCAGCUUUAUUUAGUAUUUUUGCCAAUGAUUAUCUGGGUGAUGUGAGAUUGGAAAACAAUGAUGAUAGUAAAUCAAGUGCGCCCAUCGCCCAGAGCAUCAAAGAAAAAUUGUUUUGGCAUAUUCGAAGACACAAAAUAUCUACAGAUAAUUUAAAACAGAUUGAAUUAAUUACUACACCGAGGUUUUUUGGAUAUGCCUUUAAUCCAGUCAGCUUUUAUUUCUGCUAUGACAAUAAUAAAGAUCUAGCUGUUAUCGUCUUGGAAGUUAAUAACACAUUUGGAGAGAAACAUCUAUACGUGCUUUCACGAGAUAAGGAAGAUGAUGAUGCAACGAUUCGAAGAGGUUACGAUAUGAGUUUUACAUUUCGCCGCUCCUUUCACGUAUCACCUUUCAAUGAUAGAAAGGGAUUCUAUCGGGCAUUUUGUAAAAUUCCGUCCAAGGGGAAACUUGAUAUGCGUCUAGUGAUGUAUACCGAACUUUCAGUGCCUUGUAAUGAGUCAGAAUCGAUUCAACUUGGCAAAAAAAAGAUGGUAGCUGUCGUGUCUGCUGCUUCUUAUCCACUUUCGUUGAUUAGUCUGUGUUGUGCCAUGAUAACUUAUCCAUUAGAUGUAUUCUUGACAAUGCCUCGAAUCAUGAAAGAAGCAUAUAAACUUCAUUAUCAAAAACGAUUGGGGAUUUUUCACAGACCAAAUCCUACAGAAGGAACUGUGGUAAAACUGGAACCUAAUUUCAUUGAUCGUUAUGCUCAACAAGUUACCAUAAAGUAUUUGCAUGAAUUGGUGGCAGCUUGUUCAGAACCAAUUUCGAUUACAAUUCAUCUUCCUCCCUUGAAUAAACCGCCGAUUCAUAUUUCAAAUCAAGUUCAAAACUUGUCACAUAAAAAUAUAGUUUUACAUCUGUCAAAUUACACUUUUUUCACAAAUUUUCUAUUUGAUCAAACUAUUUAUCGCGCUCUGAUUGUUGGAUAUUUCGAAAAAGCGUGGGAAUGUAAUGAUCUAUCUUUACUACUGGAUUUCUUUUUCAACUUUACAUUAAAAAAGAACAACGAAAACAAUUUCUUUAAGAAUGAGCCAUUAUUAUCCGGUGAUGAAAUUUGGGCAGCGAAAAUUCGAAGAUCGUAUUUGAAAAGUAUCAUUAAUGGAAAAAACUCUGGUGGGCUUGAGGCAAAAAAAGAGUUUGAUCAAUUAAUUCAAAAAUUAUCGUUGGGUAAAAGCAAAGAUCAAAAAUUCACAAUUGCAAUAAUGCAAAAGGAUGCGCUAUUUUCUGAAAUCUCAGUUAAUAAGAAGAAUGUGGAUACAAAUAUCGAAAAGUUCGACUUCAAACAUAUUUAUAUGUUUGCUACACCUUUAUCUGGUUUUAUCAAUGGUCUUAUACCUUUAGUGAAUGACAAACUUCAUUUGUUGCCAUUUCCACCUCGAUAUCUUCCUGAUGAUUUAAGUAAGCAUCCUAUUGAUAAAAUUGUGCUUACUUCUUCAGCAUCAAAGCGCGACCGUUUACAACACUUCUGGGUUUUAUUUAUUGGUGGCAUUUUGUACAAGUUAGACGCAUGGUUUUGGCAAAAAACUACAGGAUUUGUAGAGGGACCACUUGGAAAUCCGUUUGUUGUAGAAAAAUAUAUAUGGGAAGGUAUAUUAGAUUUGAUAAAAAAGGCUAGUGGUGAUAACUCAUAUGAAAAUAUACUAGAUGUGUGGGAAGUUGUAUAUGAAAGAAAAGAUGGUCAGUUACAUUUGAUUCCGCCUGUUCCCUUGACAAAUUUUCCAUGGAAAUCAAAAGAACAAUCGGAUGGUAAUACUAUUAUAAAUAUUAAAGAUUUCCGAUAUCGUUUAUGGUUGUAUAUUAAAACUUUUAGAGAAACCGUACUUGUCGAUCGUAAUGUAUAA